GAAGGGGAGGCGCCGGCGGAGACGGACGGCGCAAAGAGAAAGCGUCCCGGCCUCUUGGUGCGCAAGGAGGCCGCCGUGGCGGCGGGGACGGCGGUGCGGACUUGCCCGCGGACUGCAGCAAGAGGGCAACAUGGAAGUGAAAGAUGGAAAUUCAGCCCUUCUCAGCAAUUAUGAGGUCUACAAAUUGUUGACCGAUCUGAAGCAGCAGUGCAAAGAGCCUGGGAAGAGCAAGCAGAGUGUUGGCCAGCAGAAUCUGAACACAAUCACAUAUGAAACACUGAAAUACAUAUCAAAGACACCAUGUAAGUUCCAGAGUCCUGAGAUUGUAAGAGAUUUCCUCAUAGCACUGAAAAAUCACAAGCUAACAAAGGCAGAAAAAUUGCAACUACUCAACCACAGGCCUGCAACUGCUGUUGAAAUCCAGCUGAUUGUGGAAGAAAGUGAAGAGAGGCUUACAGAAGAGCAAAUUGAAUCCCUUCUCCAGACAGUCACCAGCAUGCUUCCUGGAGACCCGGAACAAGAGCAGGAGCAGCAACCCAUGGCUGUGGAAGAGGAGGGGAGCCAGACGUAGACUUGAACUGCAGGAGACCAUCUUCCCCUUUUUAGCAUCAGGAAGAGUUGGCCAAACUCAUCAUUUGCUAUGAGAAUCUGCAGAUUUCCCACUGUUUCCAUGAUGACUAUGUAGUGUUGUCACUAUGUUUUUCAGUUGUUUGUACACCACAGGAGAAUUAUUUACAGUAUAAACUUUUAAGGGAGGGGGAUCACUGUUUGUUUUUACGUUUUGUGUAUUGUAAAUGCAACAUGAAUCAAAGUUCAUCCCAGGGCAAAUGCUACUGUUGACUUCACAAUUUUCAUGCUUCUCUACUGCAAUAUGAAUCUGAGAUCAUCCCAAAGCAGAUGCUAUAGUUGGCUUCACAAUUUUCAUGCUUAUCUACCUGGAAAGUUUUACACAUCAAUAGCACAGACGUUGGCAUUAUGGACUUGUUCAUUUAUUAGGAAAGUGCAUUCCAGUUUUCCUGUUAUUACUAAAGGGUAUCACAUAUAAAGUAGCAGAUCAUUAAUAGGUUAACAAUGGCCUAUCCCAGAGGUCUGCAAACUUGGCUCUUUUAAGACUUGUGGACUUCAACUCCCAGAGUUCCUCAGCCA